GACAGGAUUUUUUCCUCAGUAACGGAUAAGAUAUUGCACACAAGAGGCGGUGCAUGCGGAGGAACUGCAUGUUGUAAAUGCAGUGUCAGCGACUCUACGUGGCGAUGAUGGAAGUCGGUGGAGAGCGCGAAGGAGGAGCUGAUCUUAUUCGGUCAACGACACGUCCACGGAAUCCACGUGUAGCCCGUCACUUUGACGCAAACACACGGGACUGUGCUGCUCUCAUCAGCCGGGGGGGUUUCAUCAUGGAGCGACCGCUAACCGCCGCUGCGGGAGGUGUGGCAAAGCGAUCCAGUGGAGCAGUUAAUAUGAUCACAACACGGCUUCUGUUCUUGCUCAUCCUCCCUUCACUGAGUCUGUGUGCUCCACAACUUCAGCAAACACUCAGUGAUGACAUUGUUGUACCAGACCUUGCAAAUCCUUUUGGCUCCAGCGAAGACAACCACAGGCUCUUGCAAAGCUACAUCAAGAGCAGCAUGAAGGAAGGACAGACCAGUCCAGAGCUGAACACAAGGGAACAAGAGGUAUUUUUCCUUUUCUCUCUGUACGACUAUGACAGAAGUGGGCAGAUGGAUGGCCUUGAACUGAUGCAACUACUGACGGAUUUUCUGACUCACCAUGAAAUGUUGCCAAAGUCUUCAGAUUCUGUUGUAUCUUUGGUGGAUUAUCUGCUACAAACUCAAGAUCUGAACCAGGAUGGACUACUGGCUCCUUCAGAGCUGUUAUCCACGAUAGAACAUCAGCAAGAAAACAAAAUAGUUCCCCCUGAUCCACCUGCUGAGGAAGCCUUAAAUCAGGAACAAACACAUACAAAAUCAGAGGACAGAGUUUCUGAAACUCACCAACAAGAUGUAGAGGUCAACCAAGAGUCUGAACAUGAAAAUGAGACACAAGACUCCGCUAAAGAAGAAAACAUGGAGGCUGAGAAAUCACAACCAGAUACCUGAAAAGCUUGAAAAACAUCAGGACCAACUGCAGCCUCCUGUAGAGCAAGAGCUGCAAGAUGAUCAUCAGGAACAGAAGAAAAUACCAGUCCAUCAAGAGCAACCAGCGAUAUAAAUGCCAAAUUAAGCAUGAAGUGCAACUUUAGAGACUUGUACAAAUCAGCCAUACAUUGGAAACUACUUACCUGCUGCAUAAACUGUACGACUGAUGCAUAAAUUUAAUUCUGGAUAUACUAAAAGUUAUGAAAGUACAAGAGCAUGUGUUAAUGAUAUUAGAAUUGUGGUACACAUCAAGUUAUUGUAAACCUUCUGAACUGAAUUAUGGAACCCAAACACAAAUCAUCUGAAUUAGUAAUGCCCUGUUCAAACUAUGCAAACCCAGAGAGUACAGCUUAGGUUUACUGAGAGUUUAA